CUUUAUUUUUCGCUGUAUAUGGUUUAACAUGUUUUCAGUUUGUGGUGCCUGUCAUGGGCAUAUCCAAGGAGUUUCCCUCUCCAUAUUAUGUUCCGGAAUUUGUGAUAAGAGGUAUCACUUAACUUGUGUUAAUGUUCCUGCUGAUGUACAUAAAUAUUUGGAUAUGAACGUUGGAUUAUGCUGGAAAUGUCCUGAUUGCAUGCGGAAAUGUUUUUGUGUGGACUCGGAAAAUCUUAAUACUUUUCUACAGGAAAAAUUUAAUGAUUGUGCUCCAGUUAAAUAUGCUGAUAUUAUAAAGAAUAAAAGCAAGCCAGCAGUAAUUAUUGAACCGAAAAAUGUUGAACAAAAUUCUCAGCAAACUAAAUCGCAUAUUGCUUCCACUAUUAAACCAUCAGAAUCAGGUAUUCAGAUUUCGCAGGUAAAAACUGUCAAACGUGGUGGAAUUUUAGUUGGGUGUUCAUCGACUGAAGAUAACUCGCGGUUUAAGAAAAUUGCUCAGGAGAAAUUGGCAGAUUCAUACAUAAUUAAGGAAGUUAAAGGUAUUUAUCCAAGGGUUAAGAUUGUUGGUAUUACUGAAAAAUACUCUUCGGAGGAUUUAGAGGAAAUUCUCGAUCAUGUUAUUAGAAUUAAUUCAGAUAUAUUUGAUCCAAAUUCGGUCUGUAAAGUUCUUAAAUUCUGGCCCACUAAGAAGAAACCGAAUGUUUAUCAGGCAAUUUUACAAGUGGACAAAAUAUCUUAUGAUCGUUUAAUUUCUUCUGGUGGUCUAUUUGUAGGCUAUGAUUAUUGUUAUACAUUCGAUGCUGUCGAACUUAAUCGGUGCUUUAAUUGCAACAGUUUAGGUCAUUCUUCUUACGUUUGCACUCAGAAAAUUUGUUGUCCUAGAUGUUCUGGAGAUCAUAAUGUGAAAAACUGUAUUGCUGCUAACUUAAAGUGCAUUAACUGUGUCAAAUCGGCGGAGAAAGAUAAAACAACCUUAGAUACUGGUCAUGCAGCGUGGGAUACUAGGUGUCCUACAUACUUAAAAGCCUUAGAAAAACUGAAACGAGAUUUGCUUAUGACUUAUGACAUAGCAAUUAGAGUCUAACAAUAUUAAUAAUUUAUACAUAUACUAUCAAAAUGUUUGUAGCAUGAGAUCUAAGGUAAAUGAUAUAUAUGCUGGUGUUACUAGUGCUGAGUUUGACGUAAUUUGUAUAACUGAGACUUGGCUUGACCCGUCCAUUAAUAAUUGUGAGUGUUUUCCGGCCAAUUAUAAUGUUUUUCGUGCUGACAGGGAUUUUCAGAGGACUGGGCGUAAGAGAGGUGGGGGAGUACUUCUGGCUGUUAAUAAUAUAUUUACGGUUAAAAGUUUGGAUUUGUCUGAAUUUGAUAAGUAUUGUUUAAUAGACAUCGUUGGUUGCAAGUUAAGUAAUCAAGGUGAUCAUGUUUACAUUUUUGUGGUCUAUG